AUGAAUCGAGGAGAAAUGCUUUGGAAAUUUGGCCAUGGCUGCUGCGAACAGAGAGCAUCUGUUAAUCCGAGCCCUAAAACGAUUGAACGCUCUCCGGACGACGUAAUCCGGUUUGUUUAUUCAAAAGAGGACAAGAUUGCUGUGAUUGUCGGUACAAUUACUGAUGACGUUCGGGUGCAUGAGAUCCCUUGUAUGAAGGUUACUGCUUUGAGGUUUACUGAGACUGCAAGGGCAAGGAUUGAGAAAGCUGGUGGAGAAUGCUUAACAUUUAACCAACUAGCUCUUAGAGCUCCUCUUGGACAGAACACGGUUCUGCUAAGAGGUCCAAAGAAUUGUUGUGAAACAGUGCGACACUUUGGAAAGGCUCCCGGUGUGCCACACAGCCACACCAAGCCGUAUGUGAGAGCUAAGGGCAGGAAAUUCGAGAAGGCUAGAGGUAGAAGAAACUGUCGAGGCUUUAGAAACUAAGCUCUCUGAGGUGGU